AUUAAGUAUGAAGGUCGGAUUGUAGUAUAAAUGCAAGGGUUUGUCUUUCACAAAUCGUAUUCUUUCGAUACACAUACCAAAACAAGCACCUCAAAAUGAACGCUUUGAUCUUAUUCGCCUGCAUCGUAGCUUGCGCUACCGCCAGCGGCUAUUAUGGUGGUGCUCAUUUGUACGCUGCCCAUGCUGUUCCCGCCGGACCCACCACCCUUGUUGGCGCAUCCGGAGUUGUUGGACCCCAUGGAGCCGUAGGCCCCGCUGGUGCCGUUAACGGACAUGGAGCAGUUGGACCUAACGGAAUCCCCAACGCGGUGCACGGUGGAAUUAUUGCCGGACAUGGUCUUGGUCUUGGAUACGCACACGCCGGAAUCGGUCACCUCGGUUACGCACACGCCGGAAUUGCGCACCUCGGUUACGCUCACGCCCACGAUGAUGGACAAUGGCACGGUGAAGGUCUCUGGGAAUCUCAAGAUCAUGCCGGACAUGUCUAUGGACACGGAUGGUAAAACGUUCUUCUGGUAUUGUGUACCAAUCUCAUACUUUCCCCACCCCUUCUAUCUCUCUCUUUGUAUAAAUAUUUAUAAAUCUGUACAUACUUUUAUAAGAAAAAGUAAUUACAAAACACUACCUUCCAA